AUGGUAAUACGAGUAUGUGUUAUCGGAGCUGGUGUUAGUGGCCUACCUUCGAUUAAAGCUUGCGUAGAAGAAGGCCUUGAUGUAGUAUGUUACGAAAGAACGUCCGACAUUGGUGGGCUAUGGAAUUAUCGACCGGAUUUACCUAAUGUAAGUCCCUUUUAAUAAAUAGCAGUAAUUUAUAUUGUGAUAACUAUAUCUGUCAUGAUAGCGUUGAUAUUGUAAUGAUCAACCUAAUUAUUUAAUUCCAGGACGGUGGAACGGUGAUGAAGUCUACGGUAGUAAACACAUCGAAGGAAAUGAUGUCAUACUCAGACUUUCCACCUCCAGAAGAAUACCCCAAUUUUAUGCAUCAUAGUUUGGUCAUGGACUACUACAGAGACUAUGCCAACAAGUUUAAUCUUUUGAAGCAUAUUCAGUUCAACACUGAUGUAAAACAGGUUUACCGUAAUACUAGUGGCAAAACAUGGACGGUUGAGUUGGCUGAUGGAAAGAAGGAACUUUUCGACCGGUUGAUGUUGUGUACUGGACAUCAUUCUAUUCCCCAGUAUCCGCAGUUCAAAGGUGAGGGUUUUGGGUACUAUAAAUUGUACGGGUAGUGUACUGUAAGGUACUAUAAAGUGGGGUAUUCAAGGGUAUUGUACUAUACGGCAAAGUAUUUUGGGACAAGGUACUACAGGGUAGGAUACUAUAAGGUUAUGUGUUAUAGGGUACUAAAAGUUAGUUUAGGGUACGGUACUGUAGGGCACAGUACAUUUCAUGAAAAUCUUGUUAUUAAAGUUCUUUGAACUAUAUUAACCAAUGCCCUUUCAGACUUCAACAAAUUCAAAGGUCGCGUGAUCCAUGCCAAAGAGUACCGCGACUUCAAGGGCUUUGAAGACAAGAACGUCUUCCUAGUAGGUAUAGGCAACUCAGCUCUAGAUAUAGCUGUCGAACUGACCAAAGUAGCCAAGAAGGUAACAAUCUCAACAAGACGAGGAUCAUGGAUAUUCAACAGAGUCGGACAAGCUGGUAUGCCGUAUGAUGUCGUCUUCCAAAGUCGGUUGUACUACUGGUUGAUGAGGAUUCUACCAUGGAGCGUAGCCAACGACUUCAUGGAGCAUCGCCUUCAACAACGAAUGGAUCAUGAUUUGUACGGCUUGAGGCCGGCCCACAGGUUCUUCCAACAGCAUCCAACUGUCAACGACUCUUUGGCAAACCUGUUGUGCACUGGACAGAUUGUUAUCACUGUAAGUUUUUUUUAUCAUGGUUAAUAUAGCUUCUGAUGAGAUAUUUAAGCCAACCUUUGUUUAAAAAACACAAGAUAUGUAUUGACAUAUCUAAAGAUAGUGUUAGAAACAUAUGUUAACGUUAAAGUAAGAAUAAAAUUGAAAAAAAGACGUUUUGUUACCUAAAAUAAUUUCAGGAAGAUGUAGAUUCCUUUGAAUCCAACGGAGUCAUUGUGAAGAAUGGAAGACGUUUCGAUGCUGAUGUUAUCAUCUUAUGCACGGGUUAUACCUUUGGCUUUCCAUAUUUGACGCCUAAAAAUAUUAUUCCAGUCAAUGUGAGUUUGAAACACGAUCUUUUGGGAUCUAUGGUAAUAUCUCGGCCUUGUAAUCUUUCUUUACCCUACUCUACGACCUUGUAAUAGCAUUUAUGUUAACUAAAACUCUAUUAGGUUGUUCAAAUAAGUCUGUGCCCCAUACGAUGAAAAUUUGAUAUGAAAGGGGCACAGAAUUAAUUGCACAAUUCAGUACAAAUUAAGGUGAAAGAAAAGAUGAACAACUUGGCGUUUGGUCCAAUUGGAGCUCUAGAAGAGGGAAAACAAGUUCCAAUAAAGCUAUCUUAUAUAAAUGUUUUCGUGGUGGGACCACAGAAAAUACUAUUACUUAACUUUUUUAAUACAUCUAAGUUGAAACCACAGAAAUGUCUUGUGUUACCUUUUUCUAGUAAUUCACAAACAAAGAAUGUUCUUUUGUUAUCUUUUUUAAUAAUUUUGUAAUAAUUUCUCUUACAGGACCAUGAAGUAGACUUGUACAAGUUCGUGUUCCCUCCAAAUGCUUCAGAUCUGGCUGUUAUUGGACUUAUUCAGCCAAUUGGAAGUUUGGCUCCAAUUUCGGAAAUUCAGGUACGUCUUCAAACCCAUAUUAUAUUUGACUGGUUUUCAAUACUAAUAUUAUACAUGAUUCUAACUGUUAAUAAUAAUGUUACGUUAGGCUUUAGCUUUCAAUGUCAAUAUUGUACAUACUUGGCUCUGGCUUUUAAUACUAAUAUUAUACUGGCCGUGAUUUUUUAAAUUUAGUUAAUCAACGGAUUCCUUUUAUAAGGCAACUUUAAAUUUGAAAUUUUAAAAGCAUAAUUAAUUUUAGGCCAGAUGGGUAGCUCGAGUAUAUGCAGGUAGAUGUUCAUUGCCUUCAACCUUUACUCGCAAAGCUGAUAUUGAGUACAAGAAGAAGCAGAUGCAACGUCGCUACUUUAAAAGCAACAAACACACAUUACAAGUCGAUUUUGUGCCAUAUAUGGAUGAGAUUGCUGAGGCUAUUGGAGCCAAACCUGAUCUUCAGCAGGUAAGAUUGUUUUGGUAUCUAAAGGGUUGUGGAGGGGAGGGGAAGGGUUUACAUUCGAUUAGGCUAUUAGGUUGUUCAAAUAAUUGUGUGCCUUCUAAUUUUGAGAAUUUGCUUUGAUAGGAGCUUAGAAUUAUUUGAACAACCAUAUAUAUUACAAAAUGAUGUAAUGGGGCUGAUUUUUUUUUAUUUGGAGAGGUUCUUACACUGUAAAACUGAUGGAAACCAAAUAUUUUUAAAAUUUUUUGUUAUAUUGUAUUUAAAAAAAGUCUUGUCACUUUUUAACACUGAAAACUGUGUCUGAAAACGACAAAACUUUUUUUUGUUUUUAUAUUAUUUAUAAAUCCUAACCUUAUUGUUUCAGAUCUUCUAUACAGACUUCCGAUUCUUUUUGCGAUUGUUUUUGGGCGGUAACUUGCCUUAUGUUUAUCGACUGGUCGGUCCGAACUCAUGGGAAGGAGCUCGACAAGCCGUUUGGGAAGCUCCAUUAAGAGUGAAGAAACCGUUGAAGAAUAGACAAUGCAAAACGAGGAGACACAAGAGACGAGGCACUUUGGUAAGGAUGAGUUUGGGUUUAUAAUAGGUACAAACUGGGCUUUCAAUGGUUAUAAUUUAGGUCUAAAUUGGCUAUAAAAUGGCCUUUAAAUGAUUAAAAAUUAUGUUUAAAAUAGAUAAAAGUACUGAUAAACAAUAUUAUCAUAGCUCUUUUUACUAAUGUUAAAGUUUAAAAUAGAAAAAAGAUAAACUUUUAGUCGUCGAGCUUAAUUUAAACCUUACUAUUACACUUUAAAUCCUAUUUUCAUCUAAUAUACAACCAUUUCAGGACGAAUACUUCCGCUACGUGUCAUGCAAAUGGAUUGCCUUCUACUCCGUUCUCAUUCUCUGUGCCGGCUUGUGGACGUUCUGUGCCGGUUCUGCUGCCAUAUCACCUUUAUCUUACUUUAUACAAGUGUUUAUUUUCAUAUUUAUAUUCUCCUUCAUGUUACUGUGGUUUGACCUGCAGUAUGAUAUGAGCACUAUAUUCUAA